AUGUCCACCCGCAAGAGAAAGCAAGACGAGGAGGAGGAGCUUGUUUCCCUCCCUGACGACGACGGUGAGGAGGAAGAGGAGUACCAGUCUGAGGAAGACGAGGGCGAAGAGGACGAUGAUGGAGAAGAGGAGGAAGAGGAGGAGUACGAAGAGGGCGAGGGUGACGCCGAGGACGACGCAGAAGCCAAUGGCGUAGAAGACAAAGCACCUCCAUCCAAGAAGCGCAAGACCGAGACCGCCGGCGAGGACGACGCGGCGGCGGCUGACGAAGAGGAGGAGGCCGAGGACGAGCCAGAGGCUGACGAUGACGCUGCCGAGGAGGAGGCGGCCGAGGGUGACGGCGACGACGAAGAGGCAGCCAACGGCGUCGAGGAUGCUCCCGCCAAGGGCGAGGUCAAGGCCGCCGACGCACCCGCCGCUACCAACGGCGACGCUGCCCCAGCCGUCGCUGCAGGCGGUGAUGCCGAGGAGUAA